AUGUCAUGGUUUUUUCCAGGGAAAAGAAGCGGGGUGGACACUCUUAUUGGUACACCCGUGUUCUUGGAGUGUUUCAUACCCAGGUUCUCCACGUGUCCUUGGGUUCCAAGGACAAUCGUCCACAACGCAUGGAGUUUCUAUGGGUCUGCUGCCUUUGCCGAUGGUCAUUCCACGCACUUACUUCGAAAGGGCCCUUCAGCAGGACGAUUCGCCGGGGAGAGCAAUGAUUGGGCUGCAUUCUAUGUAAAUAUUUUUGUCAAUCGGGAUAUGUUCGUGAGAUACACGCACCAGGGAGUUGGUCAUCAAAACCUCCAGGUUGGAAAUGUCAAUAUGAGAGAUAAUAACGCAUUGGCAGUGGACAAAGGACCUAAGGAUCUUGACUUGGAUUUGUCCCCAAACCAAGGCCAGGCCAUUGAUCAAGACCAACAUCUAGCAGAGGAUGGACAAGUUGAGGACCAAGAUUACAAUCAGAUAGAUCAGACUCAGUACAAAGAAGUUAUUGAGGACAAUGACAGUGACAUAACGGGACAUUCACACUCAGACAAUAAAGAAGAGUUUGAAUUUGAAGUUGAAGUUGGAAAUCCUGAUUGUGAACUCCACGAGGAAGGGGAAUGUACCUGUGAUUCAGUUGUAGAAGAGGACAGCUACUAUGCUUUGUUAUAG